GACAUUUCGAUCAUGUCUAUUGUGUAGCAAAGAUAUUGGAAUGGACCAAUACCUUGGUUCAAAAUACCGCGAGAGAAGUUUGCUAUUGUUUUGAUUGUAUUGUGAAUCGUAGUGUAGUAUGGAAGGAAGAACUAAGAGUGAACAGUCCUACCUGGAUGCUGGUGAUCUUGUAUUAAUAAUACAGGACCUAGAAUGAAAUUCUGAAGAGUCCUUGGCUUUGCGAUUACAUGCAUUUGUGUAGAGAAUGAAGAACAUUUUUGAGGUGCAGUUGCUGAAUGAACCAAUGUAAAAGUGUCUAAUCAUGAGUCAUAAAGUAAACAACAGCUUGCCCAUGACACGAAUUUCUACAAGGAAAUCAGUUGAAAUUCAACCUAACAAUAAACUUUCUGACACAGACACAAAAAUAAGAGUUAUAACUGGAAGGCAUGACAGAAGAAAACAAACUUUGAAAACAAUUUUGAGAGAUGAGGCUCCAGUAUUUUUGGCUCAUGAAGAGGUAGUGGUUUCAAACAAUCUUAAAAAAGGGCGAAAAUCAAGUAAAAACAGAUUAAAAGGUGAGGAUUUAAGUAGGCCACCACCCAGAGGUGGGCUUACAGAAACAAAGACCAGAUGCAUACAAGUUACAGAGGAAGUUGGAAAAGCUCUGAGAACUGGUGCAUGGCAGAAUCGUAAAGAGGACAUUGGUUCGUUAUCUUGUAGAAACAAGCAACCUACAAACUGUGAUUCAGACAUAAUGAGUGUUGACAGUGCAGUGUCAAGAAAACGUGUGAACACCAACAUACCACCACAUAAAGAAAGCACUCCAACAAUGUUGAGUAAAGUGAGAGAGAACCGUAAGGCUAGCAGGUGCUGUGCUGAAUGUAAAUCUGUGGUGUUUGAUCGUGAUAAGCUACGAUUGAGAGGCGCUCUUGGUGUAAAAAUUUGUGACUCUUGUUGGUCAAAAAAGAAACCUAAAGAGGUACAUGUAGCCACACAACCUGUAUUACCUAGAGCAACUUCACCAACAGUUAAGAAAUGUCUGGUGAAGCUUUUCGAUGUGUCGAGAUAUCCUGCUGGCCAUCCUUUCGGCAAAGGUUUUCUGUCACAGAGAUCUCUCAAACGCAGAUUUAAUGAAUCUCAGGUUGUUCUAAAUGAUACAGCUAAUGAAAUGAUUGUGCAGCCAAAGAGACCACGUAGAGGUGGCAGCUCAACAUUUCCAGUAGAAUUUGUAAAUACUUCCAAAGAACAACAAUGCAAAGACGGUAAACAGAUUUUUGAAAUAAAUAGCAGACAACUGAAUGAAACAGGUGCAAAAGAAAGGACUCGGGCUGCUUCUAACUCCAGAAAUGUGUCAAGUGUAACUACUGAUGUAACCACAAGUAACAAAAAUGAGAAGAGUUGUAGGAGGACAAGUGACCAAGUUACUGCAGAAAACACUGAGCAGGAGAAACUAGGGAAAAAGUUAUCAGUUUCACCAUUGAAAGUGAAUGCUCAAAGAUUACCAGAAAGAAGAGUUUCUAGGAAAAAUAGUCUAAGCACUGAAACCGUAACAAAAAUGAGAACUUCCAGAAGAAGCAGCAGUAAUAAUGAAUCAGCAUCAGAAAAGAAAACUUUACGAAAAAAUGGCUUGAACACUGAAGUUUCAUCUGAGAAGAGAACGAUACAGAAAGGCAGUGAGAAUGUUGAAUCUUCAACAGAGAAGUCUGAGAGAAGUAGCAUGAGCACUGAAAUUUCAUCCGAGAGGAAGUCCCGAAGAAGCAGCAUGAACGCUGAAAUUACUUCACAGAAAAAAACACCACAAAGAACGAAAAUGAUGGUGGAGACUGCAUCAGAAAAGAUGGUGUCACGAAGUAGUGGCGUAAAUGCUGAAAUUGAAGGAGGGAAGAAAACGUCACGGAGAAGUAGCACAAGUACUGAAACUACACCUGCUAGAGUUUCAAGAAGAAAUUCUAUAAAUACUGAAACUGCUUCUGAAAUAAGGAUCUUAAGAAGAAAUAGCAAUGAAACAUCUGGAACGAGAACAAAAAGGGGAAGUAGCAUUUCAAAUAACUUGAGUAAAUCUGCACUUCCUGUUCGAAUCCAGAGUAAAAAUGAAAAUCUACCUGGUUUGUUAAGAAAGGGCCAAAAACAAGUAAUUUCUUCAGGAAAAGCAAAAAUUGCGUUAUCCAAAUUAGAAACUAAAGGUGAUAGAAACACUUCCAAAAUAAGACUUUCACAAAUAAGAUCUGUGGCAUUGAGGAAAAUGUUACCAGAAGCUGCUGUUGCUAAAAGUAGUCUAACUAAUAAUAAAAAGACACAACUCAUUCUUGAGAAGAAUAAACCGAAUACUGUGAUCUCUCGUAAAGGUAGUGUACUACCAAAGUAUAGUAAACCAGGGGAAAGGCCUCGUGCAAAAAGUGUGUUAACAAGAAAAACUGGUAAUGAUUUCAAAAACAGGAAGAGUUUAUCCCAUGGGGAGAGCAAGUCAGUUUUUGGUAAAUUGCAUUCAAAGAUAACAACUGUACAACAUAUUAAGAAAUCUGAUGUUAAUACAUUGGACACAUCUCCAUUGUCAGAAAAAACUGCUGCAUCUAGGAAGAGAAAAAUGGAUUUGCCAGACAAGUCACCAGGUGUAAAGAAGCGUAAAGUAGAAAGCGUGCCUGUAAGAAGAAAACAAACAGCUGUAGAAAAAGAAUUCACAAGAGCUAAAAAUCUCACUUACAAAUGUGACAUGUGCAAUAAUAAGUACAGUAGUCUUGCAGAGGAAAGGUUGCAUGAACUUUCACAUACUGGAAGGCAGCCUGUUCUUGUUUUACACAAAUGUGAUAGUCCUCAGGGUGUGCUUUCAUUAAUAAGGGAAGAUGAUUUUUCUUCGUUAAAUAUUUGUAGCAGUGAUAGUGAAAUACAGAAAGGUGUAACAUACGAGAUGAACAUGACAUAUGAUGGCAAUAAUACUGAAAUGAAUGCAGAAGCUGAUAUUGGAACAGUGCAAACUGUAGAGAGGAAAGAUGAAGAUACAGAUGCUAUACAGGUUGAAAACCUUGAAAAUACUGACGAAGAGAGAAAGUCAAAUGUAAAUAAGUCUCUUGAAAUGGUGGAGACUGGUGAAAUGCAUGAUACUGACCACGAGAAAUGUAUCCCAUUUGAUAAUUGUGACACUGUUCCUGUGUUAAAGAAACAGGACAUUGAACACAGUCAGAAGAGGAUACGUAGUGAUGCAGAUAUAUGCCCACCUGCCGAGAUGGAUAAAAAUAAAACUGACCCCAUUCUUGAGAACUCAAAAGCAUCCAAAGCAGAGAUUGAAUCGUCCAAAGAAAGUUCUUCUGUCUGUUCCCCAGAAAUAGCUAAAAAGCCGAAAAGUUCAGAUGAAAUUGCUGUGCUUCUGGAAGAAAUUUUUGGUGAGAGUUCAGAAGAAGAUCUGAUAUCAGUUACGGGAAUCAGGAAUUUGAGACAAACAGCAGAUGCAGUUAAUUCAGGUAUUGAUAAAACAAGUCAGUCAUCAAUGGAGAAACCUCCUUAUGGCAUGAAUACCCUGCAUCACACUUCGGUUACCCAAAAUUUGGCAACAGUAGUUCCUAGUGAAACUGCUGAAGCAGUAACUCAAUAUUUAAAAGGAGAAACACACAAUCCAGAAGAAAUACUGCAUCAGCUGAACUAUGGAGAUAAAAUUGUUGUAGAAAAUGAAGCAAAGACCGAUACAAAAACCUCAAGUGAUACUGACCAGGCAGAUACUAACAUUAAGUUGCCAGGUGAUGUGGAAUUAAAUAAUAGCCACAAGGAUUGGGACAGUGAAGGAGGUAGCCCUGAAACUUCUAGUGUUAAUAAUAUUGAAGGUGAAGUUACUAAAUUAAAAGCUUUUGAAGAUGAUGAUGGUAAUAAAAAACAGCUUGUUGAUAAUGAAUCGAAAGUUAUUGAUGGAAGUCAACUAGUACAGUCACAUGAUAAAACAGUGUGUCUCAACAGUGCUAAGGAGAGCAAUUUGGAACUUUCUACUGACAUUACAGAUAAUAAAAAUCAAAAUUUGGAAGACAGUACUCAAGAACUUGCAGUGGGUGAAAAUAAUGUCCUCGAAGACAAGACUUCUGAUGACAUGCGUAUGACAGAUGAAAUUUCACUUGGAGGUAACAAAGAUUUUCCAAAUAGUGUUACAAACGAUGAUUCUGUGGUAUCUGUAAAAGGCAGUAUAGUUUCAGAAAGUAGCUGUAAACAGUCACAAAUUGAGACAGUAAAUCAGAAUGUUGGGCACCAUGAUGCAUAUUGUAUUGAUAGUGCAGGAGCCAGUCCACAACACAAGUAUAAAGUUGACAGUGGAGAUAAACACAGCAUUCCAGUUAUUGUGGAAAGUGUAAAUGAGGAAGAACAACAAGCCACUGACAAAGAAAAGGAGGUUAUGUUGGAUACAACAAACAGCACAGUUACGCAUGAAAUUGUGGAAACAUGUAAUAAUGACAAGUGUGAUGAGAGUGAACUACCAUCAGAGAUAUAUCGUGAUGAUGAGACAGUGUUAGAAUGUAAUGAUAAGGACACUGUGUUAGAAUGUCAUAAAAAGGAACAAGUCAAAAGUGACAAAAUUUUUCACCCUGAAGAUAUCACUCAAAACGUAGUAAAUGAGGAACAAGUUGAUAAAAAGCCUAUAGAAAUAAUGGAGGGAGAGACUGGCAGUGAGAUAAAUGGAAAGAUAAUUAUUGAGCAGGUUGAGUGUGUAGAUAAUUCAGACCUACUGAAUAAACAGAAGUCAGAUGAAGUUAGAGAAAUAGCAAAAAUAGAAAGCAAUGCCUCUGAAAAAUGUAACACAAAUACGUCCGUUGAAACAAUCAGCCAGCCUGAAAAUGAAACUCAUGCUGUAGGUGAAGUGACACCUCCAACAGAUCUUGUACUAGCAGCUAAUAAUGAAAAUGAAGUUAACUCUACAAAAGAUUCUUUAGAGGAUGUAUUACAGAAUGAAAUUUGUGAAGAUGAGGCAGGUGCUACUGAGAAUGGCUUAAUAAAAGAUGUUCUUCUGGUUGAGAAUAAAGAAGCAAAUGAAAUGCUUAACACUGCAUCAGAUGACAUAGUUGGUGUUACCGAAACAGGCAGUAGAAGCAUUGAAGUGCAUUCACCAUCAGAAGCAGAUACAGUAGAGUGUAUGGAGAUAGAGUCUGAAAAAAAUAGUAAUGAUACAGCAUCAAAACUGGAUGAACUGAACUGCCACAAAUAUAUUUGUGACAGUUCAGAAGUCAAGGAUUCAGAACUGGACCUGGUUACUCAACCUGAUGGUGUCUGUGAUGCCAGUCAAGAGACUGACAGUAGUUAUAAGGGAACUGUUAAUACCACCUGUGAUGUUUCUUCUAAAUUAGAUAACAAGAUUGUUGUUUCAGAUAGUGGCCAUGACAUAGAAUAUGAGGAAAUUUCUGCCACAUUGGAUAGUGGACCUGAGUUAAAGAUUGACAAUAUUGAGCAAGAGGUAGAGAGUGCAGAUUCUGGUCACAAUCUGGAUGCUCUGAAUGCUAGUCAUGAAGCAGAAAAUGGGCUUCAAACAGAGACUCUGGAUACAGAGCAUGAACAGCAGGUUCUGAAUCCCAAUAACGAGUUAAGUAUCCAGUUUGCUUCUCAGAAGAUUCAAACCUUAAAUGAUGGUCUUGAGAUGAAAGCCACUAACGAUACUAACUCCAAAGAUGCUUGUGUUGAUGACUGCAGUCCAUGUAGUGAUCAUGAUGGUACUAACAAUUCAGAUGAGAGUCACCAGGUUACUGUCCAAGAAUCUGCUAAAGAGGGCACACCAGUGGAUGUUGAUCAGAGGGCUCAGUCUGUAGAUUCUACUAAUUUGGUUGAUACAAAGGAGAGUGAAAUGGAACCUCUGAUUUCCAACUGUGGAGUUGACACAACUGGAAAAAGUGAAGUAGUUGAGACUGGAAGAACAACUCAAGAGAUUGAGAUUACAGAUUCAAGCCGUGGUACACAGAAAGUAGUUUCAACAUGUGAAGACAAAACUGAUGAUGAUGCAAACUGUAAAAUUGAGACUGAGGAUGUUAACAGUGAGGCUGAGGUAGAGAAAGCUAGGCAAGGGCUAGAGACUGCAAGUGCUAAUCAUGAAGUUGAACUUGUGAGUGCUAGUGAAGUUGCUAGCAAUGAAGUAGUGGUUGCUCUUGAUGCCAGCAGUGAAGGUGAUGCGUUGGUUUCUGGUGAUGAGGUCGGAACAGACAUUCCGUUUGUUCCUACAAGUGAUCUUAGCACAAAUAGUGAAAUAACUGCUGGCAUUUCAGAUUGUUGCCCGUCAUUAGUAGGGGUUGAAAACCUCUCUUUUAACGUCCGGCACACUGUGCCAGAUGUUUUUGAGGAAGAUGAACAAAUACUUCAGGAGGUUGCAGACCAUUCUAUCUUACAAGAACCAGAUUGUGCUGAUAGGAAUGUAGAAACAUUAACAAAAGGACAAAAUGAAAUCCAGGAGGCAGAGAUUGCAGACAAUGUGAAACCUCCAUUAGCAGUAGGUUUAAAUGGAAUGAAUGAGAAAGUUAUUGAUGAAUGCCGCACAAAAAUGAGAGGUGAUAGUGAUGAAAUGUUAAAGGACAAUCUAAAUUUACCUGAUUCAGGUGAUAAUGACAUUGCUGGCCUGGAACCAAUAUCUGAUGAUGAAUUAGAUUUCAUGUAAAAGUACCAAUACUGACAGUGUUGUAUUAAGAGUCGUGAUUCUUGAAGAAUUUUGUUUGGAUUUAAUCUGAAAGUUUCAGUGCUUCAAGUAUGUGAUUUUGAAUUCAUUGAAGCUUGUUCCGCGUGUAAAUGUUGGUUUACAUUAAUGAUUAAAGUGUACAUAGCUAAGUUUAUGGAACAAAGGUAUAAAAUUAUUUCAUAUUUCACAGUUUGUAAUGUUGUACCAGCUCUGCAUCUAUUCAUUACAAUAUGGUUUUACAAAUUUAAGUUGUUUGCCAUGUUUACAAAUGUGUGAGAUGAGUGCCAUCAAAUGGACUGUUUUUGUGUUAUGUGUUUGGGUCACUGCUAAGUGUCAAUCAGAAAGUCUGUGGUGUUGAAGAAAAAUUGAACUGUCUUCAAAACAGAAUACAUACAGAAACGGGAGAUGUACCUUAAUUUGAGGAGUUACUUGUUUUGUUGCUCUAACAUAUUGAGGAAAGACUGUCAGUUGUAUUUCUUAACCAUUUUCUUACUUGAGAAAAAGGACUAAAGUUUAGGUACCAGAAAGGGUGUCUCUGUAACUAACUUAAUGAUAAUGUGAUUGGUAGAAGAUAGCUGUGGAUAUUGGUUGGGAGAAUGUUCACUGCAACUUUAUGUACUACUUGUCAUGCAUCCUCUGUAUAAGAAGUCAAUUUUUAGUGCAGUAGCAUCAUGUUUAUUCUCAGUCUCUGGCAAAAAUGAUUCAUUCAAAAAAAAUAUGACAUAACAUUGUGUGUUAAAAAUGACAUGGAUUUGUACAGAGAAAAAAUAGUUUGUGUGUUGUAUCUGAUACCAUAAAGUAUGUGUACCUAGUUUUCAGUGAUGGGUAUACCAUGUCAUUCUAUUGUGUAUUAAACAUUGUACUUGAGAGCAGUCUCAGAAAGGUUUUUUACUUUUUUAUGUUCUAUAAUUCAGAGAGUUUUAACUGGCUACAGUAUAGUCUAUCACUGUAUAAUUUAAUAUACAAGAUAUUAAAAAGUCAUUGAGUUGAAUAUACAAAAGUUUAUUUCUGAAAUAAUUUAAUUUUAUUGUUUAUUUGUGUGACAAACUUUAUACAAUUUUAUCAGUUUUUGUAACCAUGAGCUAGGUUAUUCCUCCAACCUAGAUGGUGACCGAUGGUAAGAGGAUGAUUUUAACGUAAAAUGCGUACAUACUUAGAAACUAGAAAUAUAUCAUGCAUAGUUAUUUCAGAGAUAUUUUGGAUUCAUCUGGAGUUCUUGUUAUGUGCUAAAAAAAAAACACCAUAUUCACAUGUAUUUAGGCUUAGACAUAUUCAUUUAUUUUGCAAAGUGUUGAAAGUGCUUUAUUUUCACAUUGGUAUACAUUUUGAGAAUUAUGUGAAAUGUGUUUAAAGAUAAUUAAGUAUUAAGAGAAAAAACGCAAAAGAAAGAAUUUAAUAUCAAAGAAAACAAUUAGUCAACAUACAAGACAUUAAGAGAAGGAAAACUAAAACAAUUUGUUAUAUGUGGUAUUCAUGAAAAAGGGAAACAGAUACAUGACUUUGAGAACUCCACUUUAAAGAUGAGACUGUAGAGUUAGCAAUUUGUGGCUCUACAUAAAUCAUAUUUUGUCUUGUUCUGGUGGUGUUGUUGUUGUUGGUUCUCCCCCCCCCCCCCCCCUAUGGAUACACAGCCCUAUUCGAUUAAUAACUAUACAAGAGGAGGUUGUUACAGUACAACUUUGGUUGAUAGGUGCAUACAGUGUGAAAGCUUUCACUUGUGGGAGUCUUUACAAUUUAUGUUUAGUAUCUGCAGCGAAAGAAAAUAGAAAUGACAAAUUGACUUGUUAUAUGAACUUUAGUUGUUUACAGUCCAUGAUUUUUUGUGUAACUAGAAGCAACUGUUUUUAUGAAUUUAAUUAAAACAGCAGCGUAAAUACACAUCUCAAGGGUAUAAAUUGGCUUUGCAUUGAAGCAGUUAUAACUUAAUGUACAUCCUUAUGGCAAAUAAAGGAAGAUUUCAUGGGUAGGAUGGUUAUCCUUGUAAACAAAGAAAUCAGGUGCUCAUCUCAAAAAUGGAAAGGCGAAGAAAGAAUAUAUUCUUCGUUAGUGCUUAUAUAGAUUAUGUUGAAAUUCAAGAAUUCUAUUUGAAUGUUUCUCUACUCUCAAAUGAUAUAAAUGAUAUGUUUACUAAAACAGACAGUAGGCUCAAAUUAUUUGGAAGGAAAAUAAUAGAUAAUAUGCAGAGCAGGUUGUUAUGUAGACCAAAAAUGUAAUCGUGCAAGAAAGCAAAUAGUAACAGGGGAAAGACACAUGGUAAAUGGACUGAUUAGAGAGAUAAUUUGAUUUUGACUCUGCUAAAAUGGAACUGAAGGUCAUAGAAUAUAAGUUGUACAUGGCGCAAAAUAUGUUGUUGAACAUUGAGACAAGCUCGAUUUUUGAAAUCGUGAAAUAAGUGACAUUGUUUUCUCUUUACGCAAACUGUAUUUCUUUGUUUCUGUAACCUAUCAGAAAUAAGAGGAGCAGGUAGACCUCAGAGUGUGGAAUUGUAAACAGUCUUCAGUUUUCAACAAAGGAUUAUUGAUGUCAUUGUGUUUCUCCAUUGCUGAAACACAUUGAAUAUCAAAGUAAAUGGAUCUGAAUUUAAUUCUCAAGUCAAUCACAGGUCAUUGUAACAUGUUUACUGUGUGUGACAUGAAUUGACUGAAGAUACUUCAUAAUAAAUUGAGGGAAGAAUGAAUUGUGCUUUGUCAGUUUCAAAUAGAGGUAUUCUCAAAUUACCAGUACAUGUCGUCAUGUUUGAUUGGUACACUUCACAAAGGGGAUCUCAUCAUGUUUGUCCAGCUGUGUCCUAAUACAUGUAGUUGCAGUACAAAAAUAUUGUAUGUGUUGUAAAUAAUGUCACAUAUUUGAAACAAAUGUAGAUGUAUGACACAGUAAUUUUACUAUCAACAGUAGGUUGGAUGUUCAGAUUUCUAGAUACUUGAGAUUUAAGUAAAAAGAAAUAUCAAAUAUAACUUUAGUUAUUGCUUCUUUGUGUAAAGCUAUAGAUAUUACAGAUGUUAUGUAUAGCAUUGUAGUUUUGGAUUCUAAUAUUAGUAUUGGUUCCACAAUUUCAGUGACAAAUCUCAACAGUGUAAUCCCCUGUAUUUCAUGAGGAUAACACUGUUUAUCACAUACAUUUCAGAUCGUGAGCUUUUUGGCAGAGUAGGCAGAUAAAUGUAUUAGUGUAACUAGAAAUGGCAGAAAUAUCGCAUGUUAAUUUUCUUGCAAAAUCUCUGAUAUUACUUAAUUUUUAAGACUUAAAAUACAAUAUAAAAUCAUCAGGCUUUUAUGAUUCAUAGCAUGUCGCUAUAUACAUCUCUCUCUAGAAUGUCUCAGUACUUUUAUUUUGUUGAGUAUUUUGGAGCUGAAAUAUUUUGGUACGGUAAUUAAUGUGUACAUACAUGUAAAAAAUAAAUGUCAAUAUUAAUUUCAA